AUGAAGAUGAAGAUGAAGUUCUGCAAUCUUCCAAGUGAGAUAGAAGAGGAGAUACUCUCUAGGGUUCCGAUCAAAUCGCUGAGACAGUUACGAGCCACUAGCAAAGGAUGGUACCAUCACCCUUGUUCAAAGAUCCGAGAUUCAUCAAAAGUAAUGAAAAGGUCGAAUAGCUCACGCUUUUCACUGCGAUGGCAUUUGUUAUGCACCAACACCGAGGACAAGCGGUUUGUGGCUUGGAAGCCUUUCUCGGGGCAAACCAGAUGGAUCCAGCCGAGGGAGAAUGGCGUCAUGAGCAGCUACAGAAGCUACGCUCUUGGUUACGAUAACAAGGAGUUGUGCCGUAGCUACAAGAUCUUGAGGUCUCUUGAGGAUCAAACGGUGGAGAUUUACGAGUUUAAGUCUGACUCAUGGAGGAAUCUUGAUGACGUCUCUCCCGGUGGAAGCUUUGAGUCUCUCGGCGUGUCUUUGAAAGGGAAUGCUUACUGGAUCUCGAGAAGAGGAGGAGCUAAAGAGUACUCGCUGCUGAGUUUGACUUUCUCAACUGAGAGGUUUCAGCAUCACUACCUUCCCUUCCACGAAGCAGACUGUUUGGGUCCUUAUGUUCUCAAAGAAGGUUUGAACAAUCUGGCUCUCUCGGUUGUGAAGGAAGACCGUCUCUGUUUGUUCUAUGAGAGUGCAACGAAAUCAAAGACGGAGAUUUGGAUGAGUAGUGAGAUUGGUGAGACCUGCGUCUGUGUCUUGGUUCAAGUACUUAGCAGAGGAUGCGACACCGUUUUUCACGAGGCACAUAUCUCACUGAAGGACCUUGAGGGAAGCUGGCCUGCUGGUGAUAUCAGUCACCCACGCGUUGAGAUGUGGACGCUCGGAGAAGAGCUUCUUGGAGGGAGUUUGGAGCAAGUAUUGAAUCACUGGAAUGUGGUGAAGAUCUGUCAACGUAAAAGUGUCACCGGCACAGUACUUGAAGGCGCCGAGCCUACCCUCGUAGAUGUCAAGAACCUUGGCUAA